GUUUCGCCACGCUCUUGUCAUCGACCACCACCGUCUCGCGGUCCAGUCGGCUACCUUUGCUCUCUGCGCCGAGCUAGUGACCGCCGGAGUGCUGCUGCACGCUAUCAUUCCCCACACGACCUCAGUUUCUUUCACGAAUCACGCAUAUACCCUACUAGAACCUCCCGCAAGUCUUCAUAAUGGCGCCAAAGAAACCCAUCAACAUCUUUCAUCCCAAGAAAAAGCCCAUCCAGCGGCCUAAGGAGAUAGGCCCGGAUGGCAAGCUUGUCGACAAAUUCGUCCCCAUCCUACCCUCCUCGAAGGCCAAGCCAGAAGAGGACGAGAUCACACUUCCGCCAGACGACCACCCGUAUCAGGACUUCAAACUCAUGUCCUCUGCGCUCAAUGGCUGGAAAUACGACAUCAUGAAGCUCGACUCGCGCACGCCGAUCGAGCUGACGUCGUGGGCACCGCCGAUCAAGCUCAACCGUAAAGAGCUGCGCCGGGAGGACGACGGGUCGGGGUCUAACGCGCCUGUCGCGGUCGACUUCAUGCGCGGGCCAGAUGGCAAGCCCGUCUUCGGGCCUGAUGGGCGCAAGGUCAUGGUCGACGCGGAGGGCCGCCCGAUCCGGGACGGCGACGGCGCGCCUGCGAAGGGCAAGGGCGCUGCGAAUGGCGGGCGGAAGAAGUUCCAGAAGAAGACGAAGCAGGUGUUCAAGGUGCCCGAGGAGGUGCGCGCGCUGCGCAGGGAGGAGCGCUACCCGUGGACGCUCGAGGACUCGACCGGGGGCGAGGUGUGGGUGGGCCAGCUGGAGGACAUGAACCGCGCAGAGCAGAUCGGCGCGUUCAUGCCCGCUGCGAACAACACCUUCCAGUUCGUGCCGGUGCACCGGUGGUACAAGUUCUCGAAGCGGCUGAAGCACUCGUUCCCCACGGACACGGCGAUGGUCGAGGCGGAGGUGCGUGCUGUGCUUGUGUGGCGGAGUGCGGGGGCUGACACUCCUUGGCGUUGCAGUACCAGAAGCAGCAGAAGCGCGACCCUGCUGCCUGGUUACAGAAGGUGACGGGUCAUGCACCAUCAGCCGCGACCCAGGAGCUCUUCAAUGCGCAGAGGGAGGGGCGGUAUGUUGGCGUUGCGGAGUACGGCGAGAGUAGAGGGCCCGGUGGUCGGCGACUCCAGACGGUCAGCCGAACUACCGACUUGUUUGGGGACGGCGACGACGAUGAGGACGCCGCUGCAGCUCGCCGGCGGAGGGAGGCGGAGCUAGGCGCCGAUGCAGACAUGGACGAAAUGCUAUACGAGGAUGAUGUCGCCGACGAUGACGGACAAGCAGCC